CCCCAGAUGGAGACGCUGGGGCAGUACCAGAAGAUUGUGUUACUGACAUCAUGUGUUAUUAGCCUGGCCAGGGAAACAGCCUCGAGGCAGCUUCGUUGUCCAGGCAGGCUUCUCCAAAUGGCACUCACACUCUCCGAAAGGAUCUGUGAGACGAAAGAGUGCCUGGCAGCUGUGGCAGGCUCUUGGUAUAGUCUGUCUCAGCAAGUAUUUAGCUUUGUCUUGUCUGAUGACUUCCUGAGCGGCAAACAGGCUUUGGACGAGACCGUGAUGAGUUUAACAGGAACGGUUCAGUUAGCAGGAGACAUUGCAAGCAUGGCCUGUAGUAAGGGAAAUCCCAUUUCCCUCAGUGUCUGGGAGAGCUUUCUGCAGGUCCAAGCGAAGUUUUCAUGUGCUCAGAUGAACACCAAAGUGUUACUUGAGAAAGCAGCAUCUUUGGAAGGCUCCUGCAGGGUGGGAAGGGCCAUCCUGGAGCUGCGCUGUGUCCAGUGGGCCAUCAGCAUGCACAUCCUGCUGGGUGCUGUGGAUCAGUUCAUAGGCAGGGACGUCCUGUUCCUGAGGGAGCUGAGGAGCGCCGUGAAGAACAAGCUUUGCUCACAGAGCCUCUUGGCUGCUGUGUCUGAGAACUCCCUGAGGCUGCAGGAGGCUGCCCAGCUUUCUUAUUUGUCCUGCCCUGAAGACUGUGGUCGCAGUGAAAUCCUAGCACUCAGGGAGGAGAUAAAGGUGCUAGUGGAAGCACUGCUGGAUGCCUCCAAUACCCUCUUGGUCUCCCCACUGUCUACUGCCAGCUUGUACAUUCGCUUUGAGCUUCUACAGAGAGACUUGGCCCUCAGGGCCAAGGCAUUAUUGCUCCACCUGGAGAAGGUCAAUACCGAACACCUGCAGGUCAUCCGUGAUGUUGUUGGACCAGCCCUGUCCCCCCUCUCUCAAGAGGACAGGGAGAGGAGAAAAGAGGCCUUUGAAGAGAAGGCAAGUCAGCUAAUGGCCAGUGUUCAGGGGGUCAAAACCACGCUCCAAGACAUUCUAGAGGCCAGUGCCCAACUGCAAUCGCAGGCAAACCUGCUCUCCAUCGCAGACCACCUCCUGGUUCUCACGUCUGAUGCAGUGGGCAGUGCCAGACAGCUCUUGGAGAGCCACCACGUCAAAGGAAAUCUCCACCUAGACAGUAUUGUCUGGUACUGGUCAGCAAAGGCGCACUACCUCGUCACGCAGCUGCAGGCUGUCCAAGGCAUCAAUGAACACAACCUGCAGCUCAUGAGACGACACCUGCAGAACGCGCGGGACCAGUGCUCUCCAAGACAACACAAAAGCACAGCCAAGCUCUUCCCAGCCCAAGAGCUGGAUGGUCUGAGCCACGCCAAGUCAGCAGAAACUUGCCCGAGCAGGAGCAGGCGAGGAAGUGGAGCUGCCAGGGAGGCACAUGAAAUGUUAUUGUCUCCACAGCACCAGAACAGUCCUCCCAGAAUCGCCCUUGCCAGCAGCCCUGCGAAGCAUGAGACAGAAAACAGUGACACAGGGCAAGGUGACCCCAGCAAGAUGUCCCAGGUCACCAAGGACAUGGCAACAAGGAUGCUUCAUAUGACUCAGUUCCUGAGGAAGAAGGGCCCCAUCACGAGCAAGGACCAGCUUGUCGCCUGUGCAAGGCAAAUGGCUUCCGAUGGGCAGGUGUUUGUUAAAUUUGGACGCAUCGUUGCGAAGCACUGCCUCGAUAAGAGAUGCUCCACAGAGCUGCUGUGUGCUGCAGAGCAGACCCACACCAUCAGCAGCCAGCUCAGCAUUGUGGCCAGGGUAAAAGCAGUCACUGCAGAAAGCAAGUCCUCUUCUGAGCUGCUUGUGAGCAACGCGCAGAACCUAAUCCAAGCAGUUUGGCAUGUUCUGAAGGCAGCUGAGGCAGCAUGUAUCAAAGGUUUGCAAAAGCCCCCACCUGACUCUGAAGAAGAAGAAGUAGCUGCUUUUUGCACGCAUUGGAGAAAAACCCUGUUGUGGCAUAGAGCCAAGGAAUCUUUAAACUCAGACAGGGAUGAAUUAGGGCUCCGCAAGACUCAGACAAGGGCUGAACCCACCCUGACAGCUAUGGUGCAAGAACAAUCGCCUCAGACCAAGUACACCCCCAAGCAUCCAAAACCUAUCAAGGGACAUACAACUAUGGAUAGCCGCCUGUAAAAACAGGAAGGGGUUUCUGCUGGAGGGGAACUGCAUCGCUACCUGGCCUCAGCAGGAAGAUCGCGGCCCGUGCUGCACUCCCCCCAACUCACAUCUCUUCUGCUCGAGCCGCUCUUGCAGGAGGACUGAGAGUGCAAGGCCUGAAAAGGCUUUUGUGUGCUGGCCGCUCCUCCUGUGGCGAAUUCUGCUCUGCAGAGACACUGCUUCCUUUUGGCAACUGAACAGAGAGGAAUAAAAUGAUGCCACGCACUAGCGUAUUUCCUAAGAGGCCUCUUCCAGAUGGCGUUUGAAGUUGAGUGAUAAGAUGUGCUACCAAGCCACAGAGGACGCAGGAGUUGGUGAAGAGCUUUAAGACCCAGUCAAAGGGAAAACAGAGUUUCCUGUUUGGGAAAAUAUCAUUCACCGAUCUUUGUUACCUGGCACGGCAGUCACUCUGAAACCAUUAUUCUUGAAUCAAUGGCCACCAAGCAGGUCUACAAUUCUUUAUAUUCGUAUAACGCAUGCUCCCGUCCAGCUGUGAGCCGGCUCUGACUCUUAUAUAGUCAGUCAGGCUUUUUUUUUCUUUUCUUUAGCAAACAUUGCUAUAGGGAAGACGGCAUUUCAUGAGGUACCUUCAUUACGUUUCUUUCACUAAUUGCCAGUCCUUCUGUGUUCUUCAGCACCCAAGAUGUGAACAGAAGGAUGUAAGAACGCAUUCGUAGCAGCACCAGCAAAUCUGGCUGGAGGUGAGGAUCAGGGGGUUCUGUAAAUGAAUGAAUUGCUCAUCUCCUGCACAAGAAAGCUGGGGGGUCUUUCUCAGGCUCUGAUCUUUAGCAGACUAUCAAACUUUUGUUCGACCAUCACCUUUUUUUCUUCUAAGGGUAGCAAUCCUAAAUGCUGCACAGGAAGGGCAGCCAGAGACUGAUAAUCCUGCAGAAGAGGCAGCGUACAGGGUGCAGUUCGUACGCAAAAUAUGAACUCAAAAGGUAACAUGAAAAAGGCACUACAAAAGCUGGAGGAAAGAAGAACUGAAUGAGAAGGGAGACUAAGGGGUAGGAUCACUGACUUUUGAAAUGCAAAACAGGAGUGUAAUUAAGUAUUCUCAACUUGGCAAGAAAGAAUGAAUUGAUUUACUUUGCAAUAUGAAGGAUUCAUGUUAGAGUAUUUUCAUCAUGGUAGAAAAAUAUUAAAACAGACCACCUAGGGAGGCUAGAAAUCUCCCUAUGAGUAUUUUUAUCAUGGGGCAACAAACACCAGGUGGUGAUCUAGCAACGCUCCGUCUUUCUGAAACACAGACAGCAGACAAAAUCACAAACAUUUUACUCUCCCACAUCACCAGGACUGGAAAGAGUGGGAAGCAUUUUGUCUCACUUGCUGCCCCUGACUCAGCAGAUCCUGCAGCUUGUAGAGAAAAGAGACUUUUCUCCCAAAAUCCCUCUCAGCCUCAGGGGUCUCUUUUACCCAGAGUAAAACAUUCAAUGCUGAUGAUCACCCACCUCACAGCUACAUGCUUCCAGAGUAUCCAGGAUGAGUGACAGCAGCUGCUCCUGUUAUUUACCGCUCUCCGCAGCCGUGCUUCGCAGCCUCAGGGGCAUGAAUUGCAAAGUGCCUGAGGGAAACUUGCAGAAGAGAUGGAAACCAACCUCCCCUGUGAAAGACACAAUCAAUACGCACAGCAGAUCGGACUUGACUUGCUUGGUGGCUGCAGCCCAUUCCAGCCCACUUCGGUGUGGCAAGACUGUCCCCACACACACCUUCCUGCCCCCUCGGACACCCCAGUACCUUUCCCGUAGCAGGCAGUUUAGUACUUGCACUGUAGCAAUGAAUUUCCUCCACAUUUCGAGACAGCACAGUAGCAGCGGGCACACCACAGCAAGCGCAGACUGAGGGAAGAAAUCUGCAACGAAUAAACCAGCAAGCACAGGUGGAUGGAGGAGCCGAGCAGCAGCCCACAGACCCUCACGCCGUAGCUGGGGGGGCCCACAGGGACCUGCUGCCUGGGCACAGCUGGAUCUGGGAAGAAGGAAGGAGCUGGUUACACAUGGAGACAACAGGCUGCAAGGACCAGCUGGCCCCUUCCAAAUUACAUUUCUUCCUUACUUUGUGCCCCUUCUUUUCCAAAAUGAAGACCUGUAUUGUAUUAAAGAUACUGAGACGACAGUGGGUCUCCAAGGUUAGAUGCCAGCGUUCUGCAUCCCCCUACCAGAACAAACCCUGCAACUCCAAAAUUGUUCCGUAACCGGACCGAUGGCAAACCACCUGAGAUCCUUCGAUUAUCUCAAUUGUAAGGCAUGUCAUUUUGCUCUUGGUAUCAAAGCUUUUCUUUUGACUCAAAUUUUUUUCCAGUAGUUUCAGAAAAACACAGAGAAUCCAAUUCAGUGAUGAUGUUAUCACCACCCUACAAGUUGUAACCUCAGGUUAGUGUUACAAGUACCUGCCACAUCUAAAUGUGAAACCACGCAUUUGGCUUCGAUACUGUCACUUUUUCUCUUUGUUCCUUUAUUAAUCCUUGUGCUAUUUCCAAACUAUUUCUAUUUUCCACUGCUGUCCAAUACUGCUGGCUUGGUUUUUUGAUGAAGUUCUUAAUCAGCCAAACUUGUCACCAGAUGAAGAAAUAAGUAAUUACGUAGGACUAAUAAAUUACUCCAAAACGUCAACCAAGCUUCACAUCUGUUAUCUAGUUUUCAAUUAUUUUCAGUGAGCACAAUUCAAAACAUCAUAAAAGUAAUACCAUUUAUACUCUGGGAAAUUAGGAAGGCAAACUGAAACCAUUAUUGCCUUCAGCACUGUCUCCUCUGCCAUGUUCUGCACACAUAGAAAUCAGCAGCUUCCCUCGGUUCAUCCAAGCUCUGCUCAUCAACGCAAGACACUUGUAUUCUUGCCUGUUUGUCUCACAGGCACAAGAAACCAAAACCUCGGAAUCUGUGAUAAACACUAUACUUUACCAGUCA